UUCAAUACAUUAUACAUUAUAAAGAGAGUAUAAAUGGCGAUUGCCAGCAAUAACAAGACGAUUUCCCACGAUGGAAGAAGAGAGAUGACGGUGGAGGAAUUCAAGGCAUGGCUUAUUAAGAAAUUUGAUUGCGAUAGGGAUGGCCGGAUUAGCAAAGACGAGCUCCGGCAAGCUGUUCGUCUCGCCGGAGGCUGGUUCGCCGGAAGAAAGGUCCGGGCUGGUGUACAGGCGGCGGAUGCUAACUGUGAUGGGUAUGUGGAAGAAGAAGAAUUGGAUUUGCUUGUUGACUUUGCACAGAAACAUUUGAAAGUCAAGAUUGUACCUUUUUAAGGGAUGUUUGUAUUGUUUUGGGGAUUGUUUAAAUAAUCUCAAUUAACCUCAAAAUUAUCUUAAAAGUGGUUUGGUGUAAGUUUGUAUGUGUUUUUUUUACUUUUUUUUCUUGUCAUCUAAUUAUUAUGAUAGGAGUGGUUUGAAAUUUCUUGUUUGAUGAUGGCUUAUACAUGCAAUCACAAACACAACAUGAUCUGUUUUAUUAUC